GUUACCAAGACAACACACUGCACGAUGGGAGUUUGAGAAAUUCGACAACGUCGUCUUUCGAAACUUUAUGGGAAUUUAAAGAUUAUCUACAUAAAUUACCUCUUAAUCUGAUAAGAAAGAAGUUGUAGAAUUGGAGAAUAAGUAUGUUAAAUAAUAUAAUAUCUGUAGAAGUGUAAUUAAAUGUUGUUGUAGAGCGAUAUUGAGGAUAUAUUAACCAGGAGUAAUUUGAGAUUAAGCGUUCAAUUACUUAAGAUCAAAUGAGUCAAGGAAGAAUCUUAGCGACGGAUAACGAAAAGUUGCUCGACCUUUUACGUGAGAGGACAAUGAGUUCUCUAGGUUCUGCUAGAGUUCGAAAGGGCGACGAAGAGGACGAAAAAUACGAAUACGUUAACGAGAACGUUGAUGAUUCUCUAGAAGUAACUAGUGCUAAAAAAAUAAAGCCCAUAGAAAGGAUAAGACCUAAGCAACCAUCAAGUAUAUCAGCUUAUUCGGAUAGAUACGAAGAUAGAAGUUACAAAGGAUUAUCAACAGCAACAACAACAACAAUAAAUUCAACACCGCCUCAAGGAUUGCUUAGAGUUAGUAAGCCCGUUCAACCCAUCGAAUCACCUUUUUCGAAAGCACAGGUCAAAAAAGAGCAGGAAGAGCAAGAUUUACAGCAGGAGAGAAUGUAUCAAGAGCGAUUAAAAAAGCGGAUAGCUGAUAACGAAAAUGAUAUGCAUAAGAGUGAUGAAUGGGAAAGGAAUGAAGAAAGCGAACCUCUUCCUGUUGAUUCUCUGGAUUAUGAAUCAGAGAGAUAUUAUAGCAAUCCUACCAGUAAUGUUACAACAAUAACCCAACCGUCAAGAGAGAGUUUGGAGGAGCUAAGGCGCAGGGAGGACGAGGAAGAGCUUCACGAGUUAUUCGUAGCUAGAAAGGAAAAACGAGCCCAGCAAAGGCAGAUAUUUGAACAGCAAAAGUUACAAAAUGAACUAAACAGAUACGAAGAGCAGGAGAGGAUAAAACUUAUGGAGGAGGAAUUGGCAAGAGAAGAAUUUAGGAAGAAACAAAAAGAGCUGGAGCGAAAAAAAUUGUUAGAAGAGGAACUUAGGAAAAAAGAGAUUCAAAGGAGGAAAGAGCAAGAACAAGAAGAACUAAAACGACGUUUGGAAGAAGAAAAACGAAAAGAACGGGAACGAACUCGAAAAGUUGUUAAAAAAACUGCAAAUUUUGAUGAUACAGAUUCGGAUGAUUCAGACUCUGACGACUUAGAUCCUCCUAAUUCUUUAAAAUCACCACGAAGGUUUAAAGAAAAGUCUCCAAGAGUAUCAACAGAUAUACUUGCUCAUCAACUGCAACAACAAGCAGUCAUACAAAGUAAUAUCCAACAGCAACAAAUGCAACAACAGCAACAAUUGCAACAAUUUAUGAUGAUGCAGCAACAAAUACUUCAACAGCAACAGAUGGCGCAACAAUUAAGUCCAGUACCAAAGAGUACCGAUCCAUCCUUAGCUUCCAACAAUCAAAUUGAUCCGAGAUAUUUAAAGUACGCUCAGCAACCGGAAGAACAGAGUGAAAAGAACCGGGAAAAUUUUUCAAAAGAUUUUAUCGAACGAAACAUUGAAUCUUUAAAUAAAAAGCAACAAAAAAAGAGUUACGGUCAAAUCUUUGCAGAGAAAAAGCAGACUUCACCAACACCUAGGCGAAAAGAAAAAAUUCCGAAGGCUCAAAAACCAAGGAAUGUUGAAAAAUUUAUCAACCAGGAAGCUAGUGAUGAGGAAUAUCAAAGUGAAGCUGAGAGGUUAUGGAAAAAUAGAUCGACAAGCUUGGCAACGCAGAAAGACGGCUCUGGUAAUAAAAGGAAAUUAAGUAAGAAACCCAGCGCUGUACAACAGCAGGUUCCCGUAGCUCCUCAGAUGGGCUACCAGGUACCUACUCAAGUUUCAACUCAGGUUCCAACAUGGUACAAACGUCGAUCGUCUGAAAAUGAUUUCUUCGCUCAUCAGACGGCAGAUAUUUUUACUAUGCCUGCCCAAGUUCCAAAUAGCGCCGAUAGUAUUCAAACUGUCGAAAGUCCAUAUAGAGUACUACCGCCAAUUCCUUCAAAUAGUACAGAAGACAAUCAAACACCUCGGGACAUAAAACCGACGCCCAGACAUCAAAUGCCUAAAAGUCAACAACUUACUUACGCUGAGCAAUAUGAAAUCGAAAAGCAGAAAGAGGAGAAGAGAGCAAAGAAUGAAAAGAAUUAUCAGAUCUAUACAAUUGAGGAUUAUAAGAGGAUGAAUAGAGAAGUGAAAUUGGGGGGUUUAGGACCCGAUUUGGAUAAUGAAACUCUUAGAGAUAAGAAAGAAAAAGCUCAAAGAAAACAAGAAUAUGCUAAACAAGUGCAAGAAAAAAACCGUCAAGACCUUAAAGGUAUCAAGAAGUCGUCUUCCAGACCUAAUUUAGAAAACCUAGAUAAAGAAGAUCUUGUUAGCGCAAGGUCAAAAGCAAUGCAGUAUGCGAAACAGGUGAAAAAACCACCGAAACAAAAACCUAAAGAACAAAAAAGUCCUACUCAUGGAGUCGAUUUGAACGUAGAAGAAACUCCUGAAUUAAUUGAUUUAGAAGCCUUGCGUGAGAGACACGAAAUGGAAAGGCAACAGGCACUUUUAAUACAACAACAACACGCUUAG